GUUCUUGCUUGGCCCUAAAUCAGCAAAGUGUUUAAAUUGUAAUAUGUAAUAGAUUUUGGUGACGCUUUGAAGACUAUAAUGGUGUUAAAAGGACUUUUAUUUUGGAAAAACAUCCAGCAAUAAGGAACAGUCGGAACAAGAUUUCACGUGUAGUUUGAGCAAUAUGAAUGGCAUAUCAAAGCCCUACAAUAAUUAAACUUGCACCACAAUGAAUGUUGAAUUGCCUCCAGCGCACAUACUUGCAUAAACACAAACAUGAGAACUAAUUAAACUCAGCUCGUGUGUUACCUAAACGUGUUGUGUAAAAGCGUGACCUUAGCAAGCGAGCUAACAUGCAUCGAAACUGCGCAGGUCAGUGAAUGAUGUGACUCCAUAUGUGCAAUUAUUAGACUGUAGAUGAAAAUUUCCUCUCACUCGGGGCACUGUAUGAUUAAGAUGACUGUCAGCACAUCAUGGUUCCGAGCUUUACGUUGUAUCAGAUCCAGGACGAGCGUGUUUACUUCACAGCGGCUGCUCUGCAGUCAUCAGAGAGGCUCCUCUGAAAACAUACGGGUACUGUAUGAUGGAGAGUGCCCAAUAUGCGUGAAAGAAAUCCGCUUUCUUCAGUUUCUUCAAAGAAACAGAGCAGAUAAAGUACAUUUUGUGGACAUCUCACUGCCAGAAUAUGAUGGGAGUAAAUAUGAAAGUGUCAGUUAUGAGACGGCAAUGGAAGAAAUGACUGUCAUUGAUAAGAAUAACAAGAUUCACCGUGGUGUGCCAGCUUUCACAGUAAUGUACAGUGCAGUGGGUCUGGAUUGGCUUGGCAGGUUCAUCUCUCUCCCACUGAUUAGGCCUCUAAUGGACCGAGCCUAUGAUGUGUUUGCAAGAAACAGACUGAAGUGGACCGGCAGAGAAGGCUGCACAACUGGGCGCUGUGUAAAAAAAGAGAGAUAAGGGUCAGAGCACUUUAAAAUGGACUCAGCACUAUAAUGAUAUGUAAAUGGAGCUAUUGUUCAUAACAGUGAUUCAGUUUUCUUUUUUUGCAUUUGAUAUUUACAGGACUUUGAGUAUGAAUAAAAGGUAAAUAUCUUAUGUGCUCAGAAUAAGUAAUUUCAAUUUGUUUUUUUAAUGAAAUAAAAGGAUCUGAAAUCUGUAGCCUACUAAACAGGCACUAAAAACGGUUCAAGGAACGAAAACGAAAACUGAAAACAUGAGAAAUGUUUUGCAGAACGUAACCGAAAACAGGAACAAAAUUAUUUUCAAUUGUUCCGGAGUGAUUCUGUGGAUAAAGACCUUUUUAACAACUAUGUAUAAUUACUACAUAUACAUGCACGUUUGAUCCAGAUACAAGGAAAACAUUAUUAGAGGUAAAAAAAAAAAAAAAAGGACAUUUCACAGUUGUUUCCAAGUCUUCACUGAAUUAUUGUUAGAUAUGAAGCAAUACAGAUUUUGCUGCUGUGUUUUACAGGUCUGUAAUUAAAAUUAUACUUAACUGUUAA